AUGUCUCACGGGCAGCACAGACGCGACAUGCUGUCCGCGAGACCCAUUGUUUACCCCGCUGCCACUCAUUCUACUCCCCCUGCUUACCCGUUGUUUCCCCCCCUCUCUUUCUUUCUUCUCCCCUGCAUACCCAUUGACUGUAUUCCUUCUUCUCCCCCCUUCUUCCCCUCCUUCUCCCCCCUGCUUCCCCUCCUUCUCCCCCCUGCUUCCCCUCCUUCUCCCCCCUGCUUCCCCUCCUUCUCCCCCCUGCUUCCCCUCCUUCUCCCCCCUGCUUCCCCUCCUUCUCCCCCCUGCUACCCCUCCUUCUCCCCCCUGCUUCCCCUCCUUCUCCCCCCCGCUUCCCCUCCUUCUCCCCCCCGCUUCCCCUCCUUCUCCCCCCUGCUUCCCCUCCUUCUCCCCCCUGCUUCCCCUCCUUCUCCCCCCUGCUUCCCCUCCUUCUCCCCCCUGCUUCCCCUCCUUCUCCCCCCUGCUUCCCCUCCUUCUCCCCCCUGCUUCCCCUCCUUCUCCCCCCUGCUUCCCCUCCUUCUCCCCCCUGCUUCCCCUCCUUCUCCCCCCUGCUUCCCCUCCUUCUCCCCCCUGCUUCCCCUCCUUCUCCCCCCUGCUUCCCCUCCUUCUCCCCCCUGCUUCCCCUCCUUCUCCCCCCUGCUUCCCCUCCUUCUCCCCCUGCUUCCCCCCUUCUCCCCCCUGCUUCCCCUCCUUCUCCCCCCUGCUUCCCCUCCUUCUCCCCCCUGCUUCCCCUCCUUCUCCCCCCUGCUUCCCCUCCUUCUCCCCCCUGCUUCCCCUCCUUCUCCCCCCUGCUUCCCCUCCUUCUCCCCCCUGCUUCCCCUCACGACAGGGUGGAAGAUAGCAAUCAGCGGCUCGCGUCGACGUGUGUAUGAGCAGCGACACAGAUCGGCGGCAAGAGGAGGAAUUCAGCUGCUAAGGCGCGGUUGUGCGAAGGGGUUCAAACGCCCCCCCACACAACCUGCUUUGGUAUGUGAGAGGGGUCUUGUCGGGGGCCUGUUCCAUAUGCUCUACAGCCCCUCGCACUCACCGCUGCGGCCACACCACUCCCCUCCCCUCUGA